CGAUUAUCACUGGUUAUUGUCUGCUUACACUCGGCGUUGCAACGACAAACCGUGUCAAAUCCUACGCCGACUCAAUCUCCCUCCACCUCAUUUUAUAUCCCACACGCGACAAUGAAGAUCGGCCGGCGGCGUGUCCAACUGCUUCUGUUCCUCCUAGCCUCCAUUCUCGCAUCCGAAGCCGCCGAAGGACCUAUUCACGCCGAGUCUGUGGCCAAGAACGUCGCCGCCGCGAAAGCAGCCGGCGACUUAGUUGCUACUGCGUCAGGAGUAGUCGGAAGCGUGAAUGCGAAGUCGGCACCCGUAGGAACCGAGCACGCUCCAGUGGAUGGCAAGGAUGGGAUGCCCCACGAAGGGCCCUUCGUUGAGACAAGCGCAGAAAGAACGAGAAAGAAGGCGCAGGGAAGUGGCCAGGACGACGAGGUGUAUGUCGAAAAGCCCAAAUCAAGGAAUGGCGACGUUCCACAAUCCAAUGACGCGGUCAUGGACGAACGUAUCAACUCAAAUCCGGCCGAGGGCACGAGAGGUGUAGAAGGUGGCAUCUCGGAGAAAUCAAAAGAGGGCAAAUCAACAGACAAGAAGCCUGAUCCUCCCAAGGACGCAAGGCCCUUGCCACACAGCGAAACAGAAAAGAUGAAGGACUCGGAUGCUUCUCAAGCCCAACCCGUGGAUGAAGAGCCCAAGAAAGGCUUGACAUCUCCUCAAGACCUUCCAGAUAAACCUCACGAUAUUCCCUACCCUGAGAACCCAUCGUCACCGAAAGACAGCACAAUCUCGUCCGAGAAUCCCGACAGGCUAUCCAAGACCAAAGAACCGGAAAGCGCAGUCAUCUCGCCAAUGCACUCACUCGUCCUCUCCUUCACCAUGAUCAUCUUCUCCGAAAUAGGUGACAAGACGUUUCUUAUUGCCGCGCUCAUGGCAAUGCGUCACCCCAGGGUGGUGGUGUUCACCGCCGCCUUCUCCGCACUCAUCACCAUGACCGUCCUUUCCGCAGUUCUCGGCCACGCCGUUCCGACUCUCAUCCCCAAAACGAUCACCAACUUCGCCGCGGCGGGUUUGUUCCUGGUCUUCGGAGUCAAGAUGGUCUUCGAAGCGCGCAAAAUGAGCCCGGAGGAUGGUGUCGGUGAAGAAAUGAAAGAAGUCGAAAUGGAAUUAGAAGAAAAGGAACAUCAACAGCGGCGCAUGUCUCGAAGAGCCUCGUCAAUAUCCCCAUACGCGCUUGAAGCUGGGCGUGCUGGCGUCGGCCGGAAACAUACAAAUGGCCGACUACCCUCUCCGCCCGAAAGUCCCUCCAGCUCUCGCGACGGUUCGCCCGAGCGCAAGACGUCCUUCUCCGAUAUGCUCGCCGGGAUCAACAACUUGUGUUCGCUAUUACUGAGUCCAGCGUGGGUUCAGACAUUCGUCAUGACGUUUCUGGGCGAAUGGGGCGACAGGUCACAGAUCGCGACUAUCGCUAUGGCGGCCGGGCAGGAUUACUGGUGGGUUACCGCCGGUGCGUUGGGCGGACAUGGCAUCUGCACUGCCGCCGCGGUUCUAGGUGGAAAAGCCAUUGCUGGCAGGGUCAGUAUGCGGACUGUCACCAUGGGCGGCGCGGUUGCAUUCUUGGUCUUUGGCGUCAUUUACUUGCUCGAGGCUGUGUAUUAAUUUUCACUUCAUGGCGUAGGAAUCAUCCUUUUCUCCCCAUAGAGAUGGCCGCGGACCGGACUAUAAUAGGUGACGCCAUACCUGUCCUCUGUCUUCCACGCUAGAACGCGGAUGUGAUGUGUAUUUGGCGGGCGGCGACCAGGUUCAUGG